GCCUCGGAUGCUGCUGCUGCUGUUUAUCUGAUAACCGCCAUACAAAAGCUGCGUCUCCUUAAAGGGACACACCGGUUUAAUUAAUUAGACUACCGGAGAGAGGAGGAGAGACACGCCGAGGAUGCAGAUGAAGAGAGGGAACAGCAUCCGACGGUCGCCACCGUCAUCUCCCUGCAGGACGCCGCGUGUCGCCGCUUCACUUCACCACCUUAAGGUUAAGAUGCCGGCUUUAAUCUGACCCUGCAUGCCGGCAGAAAAACCUCCAAGACCCCCUCCUCCCUCCUCUGUUCUCCAUUCUGCGAUGCAUUGACUGUCAAUGCGUCACACGUUCUUCCUGCGUCGUUUCUUCCGCAUACGCGUCGCAACCUUCUUGCCUCAUUUAGGCUAUGCAACAGGCUGCAAAAACGCGGCCUCUCGCUCUUCACUCCACUCUGUAGCCUUCGUGUCCUCUGUUUCAAGCGUUAAUAAAUCCGAGGUUUGCGCGUCCUUGACCGCCUGUCCGGCCUUCUGCAUUUCUGCGUUCCUCUCCGCCGCUCAUGCGUCGCCGCUGCCGCUGCCGCGCCACCGCAUCUGCCCCUCCUCCCCACAUGGACUCUGAAAUCUACGUGAAGCGCCCUCGCUUUGCCGCUGAUGCGGUGCGCCUGGAGGCUGGCUGUCUCUUCGUCCUGGCCGGCCAGUGAUCCUCUGGUCCGGGUGGGGGGGCUUGUGUCCGCAGAGAGGCAGGAUGGUGCGGAUCGCCAGCGCGCUGGGGCUCGUCAUGUUCAGCGUGGCGCUGCUCAUCCUGUCGCUCAUCAGCUACGUGUCCAUCAAGAAGGAUUUUCUGCUCAGCACCCCCAGAUACGGACCUAAUGGAGGACCCAGGAUGUCCAUGUUCCACGCUGGGUUUCGCUCCCAGCUGGCGUUGAAGUAUCUGGAUCCAGCUUUCACUCCUCUAACCAACGCUCUCAGUGAGGACAUGCAGAACUCCUCUAAAUGGACCUACAACAGCUCUGCUUUUCUACAGCUGAAAAAGGAGAUCUCUCAAUACAUCGACAUCCCCCACAACUUCACACUGAUAAGAGACUCAGUCCGAAUCGGACAGCUGAUGCACUACGACUACUCCAGCCACAAGUACGUCUUCUCCAUCGGCGAGAACUUCCACUCACUCCUCCCUGCGGUCUCGCCAAUCCUCAACAAGCACUACAAUGUCUGUGCCGUGGUCGGCAACAGCGGCAUCCUUACUGGCUCGCGCUGUGGAGCCCAGAUCGAGAAGUUUGACUUUGUCUUCCGCUGCAACUUUGCGCCGACCGAGAUCUUUAAGAAGGACGUUGGGCGGCGGACAAACAUGACGACCUUUAACCCCAGUAUCCUGGAGAAAUACUACAACAAUUUACUGACUGUGCAGGACAGGAACAACUUCUUCCUGAGCCUAAAGAAGCUUGACGGUGCCAUCCUGUGGAUCCCAGCGUUUUUCUUCCACACAUCAGCCACAGUGACAAGGACGCUGGUGGACUUCUUCGUGGAACAUCGAGGUCAGCUGAAAGUCCAGCUGGCCUGGCCGGGAAACAUCAUGCAGUAUGUCAACAGCUACUGGAAAACCAAGCAGCUGUCGCCGAAACGCCUGAGUACCGGCAUCCUGAUGUACACGCUGGCGUCCUCCAUGUGCGAUCAGAUCCACCUAUACGGCUUCUGGCCCUUCGGCUGGGACCCCAACACAGGAAAGGAGCUGCCGUACCACUACUACGACAAAAAGGGCACCAAAUUCACCACCAAAUGGCAGGAGUCCCAUCAGCUGCCUGCUGAAUUCAAACUCCUCUACAAGAUGCAUACGGAGGGACUGCUGAAGCUCUCCCUCUCCCACUGUGCUUAGGGCUAAAACUGCAGCAGGUACAGCGCUCCUACAAACUCCUCUCCAACGCUUCUACGGGCCAAAGUUGUCAAAAUGAUGAGGCUAAGGUUUUGCCAAAAUCAAAAUCUUAGCUCUGAGGCUGAGUUGGUGCAAUGGGUUCUUAAAAUGUUUUUAGCCCAAAAGCCCUGUUUGACAAACCGUUUGUAUAAAGCGCAACAGCUCAAGAGAUAAGGAGUCUAUGAAUUUUCUAAAGCUCAAGAAUCUAAAGAUGAAGAGGACUACAGUUUUGGAAAAGGUUGCUGCAGCUGGACCUUUAGGCAUUGUUGCUCUUCAGCAGAAUAUCACAACCUUGAAUUGUUUCAUGGUGUUUUAUCACUUAUCACUCUCUGAACUACAGCUACAAAUCAGCAGACUGACUGUUUAAAACCUACAUUAGCACUGCAUUAAAGAAGGCAGAUCGCUCCUUCAUUUCUAUGAGACCACUGUGUUGAUGCAGUUUGGGUCCUGACAUCACAGGCAAAAAAGUUGAACCUGGCUCAAUAUUUGCUGCAAUUUAAUGCAUCGUCAUGCAGCAGCAACACACCGCGUAGGCCAAUCAGAUAU